UCACGGGAGCAACUUUGCCCCAAUUCCGCCCAAUUCGUUUCCACUCCGCCGCGGAGGAGAAGAACUACGCUCCUCCCCAAAACCAUUUGGUCGAAAUUUGUUGUUCCAAUUCAUAGUUUAGAGGGUUGAUGGAUACUGAUGCAAAGGUGAGCAUGGGGUUUUAUUCAGAAUCACUGGAACUCAGUAACAAUGAUAGCCAUGUUCCUUAUCAGCACAACCAACAAGAACAACCAUUGAGUGAUUGCAUUAAUAACACAAUGGUUGGCUUCUCUGCUGGUAUGGAAUUCAAUGGUGAUGAAGAAUUAAGAGGAAUUAGAAGGAACUCAACAGAAUUUGAACCCCUGGUGGGUAUGGAAUUUGACUCCCUAGAAGCUGGGAAAUUGUUCUACUAUGAGUAUGCUGUGCGAACAGGGUUCCGUGCACGUGCUGGCAAGUGUAGAACGUCACUUCGUGAUGAUUCUGUCAUCAUGAAACAGUACACUUGUGUUAAAGAGGGGUUCAGUGUAAAGAAGCAGAGGCAUGGCGAUGAUCACAAGGAGAGGAGGAAUCGGAAAUCCAUGAGAGAAGGUUGUAAGGCUAUGAUCCAGUUGAGCCGAAGGGACCAUGGAAAAUGGGUUGUUUCCAAGUUUAUUCCUGAGCAUAGUCAUCCAUUUGUGGAUGAUGUUAAAGUAGAGAAGGUCAAGAAAAGGAGACAGGUUCCUGUCAUACCUGCUGAGUUUAGUUCCAUGUUUGAAGGCCUUUCCAGAGAUGGAGGUAAUGAGAUCAGUCUUGAUUCGGUUUUGGGAGGGGGUGAGUCAUUUGGGUUGUUGGAGUAUUUGAAGACGCAGCAGUCAAAGAACCCGCUCGGGAAUCUUACAGUUAUUUUUGGUGAUGUUGUCAUGUUUGACACCUCAUACAAGGACAACAAACAGAUGUUGCCGUUUGCAGCCUUUACAGGAUACAAUCAUCAUUUGCAGCCUCCACAGCAAGGGUUUUCUCCAGCUCAUGUCAUCGGGUUUUGCAAGUGGCGUAUCUUGAGCAAAUGUAAGGAGAAGUUGCCUGAUAUCUGUUCUGAUAAAGUAGCUCGGUCCACUUUCAAGCAAGAACUUAAGAAAUGUAUUGAUGAGUCACAGACAAUUGAAGAUUUUUGA